UAUGUUUUUCCGAUUUCCUGUACAAUUUCUUAAUCAUUCCUUCCAAAACGUCCUUUUCUUUCGUUGCUUAAUUUGUUUGGCUGUUGUAUGGAGCACUUCUUCCUCUUCAAUUUCUUCAUUUUCCAGCAAGAUCAUAGUAUUUUCCAAAUGGAUUGUCGUUUUUUAAAUAUCUCCUCCUCCUUUCUUCUUCUUCUUCUUCUUCGUCUCCGUCUCUUAUUACUUGUUCAAACGAGGCCAACUAUGGGCAGAGUUGUUUGAUUUUUGACAAGGGUCCAGUUUUUUUUAUGCUAAUCGAGUCUAAUUUUCAUCUUCUUGGAAUAUUAUUGUAUAUUAAUUCAAACAGUUUCUCCAACUCUAAUAUGGGUGUGUAGUCUUUCAUUAUAUAUUUCGAAAUUUGUCUUUUUUUCGUUUUCCCCUGACAUUUAAGUUUCUCUGGCUUUCGAAAUAGCAUUUAGUCAAAAAAAAAAAAAAAAAUCUUUUUGAAACUGGCUUUCUGCUAUGGUGUCUUUCAUAUUUUUUUCUUUAAAGAUCAUUUUCAUCGACAAAUUUAUUUAUUUUCAUUACAUCAAUGCCAAAUUUUAAUUAAAAUUUCCUCUAUUUUUGAGUUCUGGGUUAAGGCAGUUGCAGAGCGCAGCCCAUUAGUAUCCCUUUCUUUUUGUGCAUUUAUUUUUCCCUCCACUUUAAACCUUUAUCUUCUUUUGGUGUGACCUGACCUCUUGCGUUGGUAACUGGUUGUCAUCAUACUACCGAAAGAACAUUUUCGCAAUCAUCUACUUCUUGUUUAUCUGCAUUAAUAUUCAGGUUAUAUAUAUAUAUUUCUUGGUUUUUUGGGCUUGUUUAAUGAGUAACAAAGCCUGUAAUUUUGAUGAUUUUCCAUCACAGUUUUUUGUCAAUUCAACCGAAAGUCUUUUUGAAAAAACAAGGACUUUAAAGAAAAAUGUUAACCUAAAGUUUAUUUACCUAAACCCAAACAUUGCUGAACAAAUUUAUUCACCACUUUGAACUUUGAAAAAUUUAAAAUAUAAGUCUCACACUCCUACACAUAAUUUAAAAAUAUAUAAUUUUUAUGGAGCACGACUCUUGAGCUUUAGCUGGUAGUUUUGCAAAUGACCUCUUGGUCAAAAGUUCCGUCAUGUCUUUCAUUCCUUCUUCAAAUUAAAUUUCUUUCUUUAUUUUCUAAAAAGAUCUCGUGGCUGGUAUAUCUGAAAAAAAAGCUAGUUGGGUUCUUGGGUUUGUGGAGAAUUCAUAGAGAAGGCCCAAAAGAAUCCCCUUUCUUCCUUCUAUUGUCUAACUUCGGAUUGUUCUCGACCUAUUUCUGACUUAAUAAGAAAGAAAAGCAUCAAGGCUUUUGAAGUUGUUGGAUGUGAAAAAUUCUUCAAACUAGCUGCUUUGAGCAUGACUCUCGUGACAUCCUCUCCUCUUCUGCUUCUGUUUCUUGCUCUCUAAGGUUUUAGAUUUACUAAACUUUCUUUCCCUUCAAACAGCCCGGGAAAUCCUUAUGAAUCUGAAGAAAACUACACAGGGAUACCACUUUGAUUUCCAUUUCAGUUCGAGCCUAAAGAAUUCCUGAGUGAGGAGGGAAAUCAAAAGUGGGAGAUGGGAUGUUCCACAUCAAAGCUGGAUGAUGAAGAGGCAGUUCAGCUUUGUAAAGAUCGGAAGAGAUUGAUCAAAGAGGCUGUUGAGCAGAGAAGUCGAUUUGCCUCUGGACACAUAGCCUAUAUUCAGUCCUUAAAAAGAGUUUCAGCUGCUCUUCAUGAUUAUAUCGAAGGGGAUGAGCCUCGUGAGUUCUUAUUAGAUUCAUUCAUAACCCCACCUGUAAAGAAAUCCAGACCUGGUUUCAUCACUAUAUCAUCCAAAACCUUAUCGUCAACACCAAUUCAGUCUCAGCCUAAUUCAUGUUUGAAAAUAAAUUACCUAAGACCGGGUGGGGAGCCAGCUGUGUUUGUUGAGGAGAGACCUCAAUCACCAGAGACUGUCCGAGUUGAAACUUACUCGCCAAUGCACCCUUAUGGCAACGAUGGCUUUUUUGGGACACAGUCCAUGAGUUCUUCAUUCUUCUCUUAUUCCCCUAACAAUGGACCCAAUAUUCCCCCAUCUUCACCUCAAACAUCCCAAUGGGAUUUCUUUUGGAAUCCAUUUUCAUCAUUGGACUACUAUGGCUACCACACAGGUAGUAAUCUUGAUCAUACAGUCAUGUAUGAUGAUAUUAGAGGUCUAAGGCAGGUCCGAGAAGAAGAAGGGAUUCCAGAAUUAGAAGAAGAAACUGAACAAGAAGAAUCUGAUUAUAAGGUAAACCUGACCGAUGAAAGAACUAAACCUGAUAUAAAUUUCCCAAGAGAAGGAAUUGUUGAAGAUAUCGAUGAGGAUGAGGAUGAAGACGAAGACGAAGAUGAUGAGGAAGAAAUAGAUGGUGAAACUGAAACUGAGCAUCAGGAGGCAGGCUUACAAUCGCAUCGUGCAACCAUGGAUCUAUCAAAAGCUCAAACCACGGGAAAAGUUGAAAUUAACAAUCAAGAAAUGGCAAUCGGAGAUCAAGAAUCCAAGGAAGAAACACCAGGUUUUACUGUUUAUGUUAACCGCAGGCCAACGAGCAUGACAGAAGUUGUCAAGGAUCUUGAAACUCAAUUCAUGAUUGUUUGCAAUUCAGCCAAUGAGGUUUCGGCAUUGUUGGAGGCUAGCAGAGCUCAUUAUGCAUCAAACAACAAUGAACUCACACCCUUGAAAAUGUUGAACCCAGUAGCUUUAUUCCGCUCAGCUUCAUCUCGUUCGUCCUCAUCAAGAUUUUUAGUUAAAUCUUCGAGUUCUAGAGACAAAGGAUAUGAAAGCAGUAGUGACUAUUCGGAGGAAUCUUGCUUGUGUUCAGGUAGUCACCAAUCAACAUUGGACAGAUUAUAUGCUUGGGAGAAGAAACUCUAUGACGAAGUCAAGUCUAGCGAAAAGGUUCGAAUUGCUUAUGACAAGAAACGUAUGCAACUCAGGAACCAAGACAUCAGAGGAGACGACCCCACUGCAGUUGAUAAAACAAGGGUAGCCAUCAGAGAUCUACAUACCCAGAUAAAGGUUUCGAUACACUCAGUUGAAGCUAUUUCGAAGAGGAUCGAAGCUCUAAGGGAUGAAGAAUUGCAGCCUCAACUUCUUGAAUUAGCACAAGGGUUGGCAAAGAUGUGGAAAGUAAUGGCAGAGUGUCAUCAGUCACAGAAGCGGACAUUAGACGAAGCCAAGCUAUUACUAGCAGGAAUGCCUUCAAAAAUAGAUGCGAGAAAACACUAUUACAUGUCAUUAACUGAGCCUCACAGGCUGGCCCGUUCAGCUGCCAAUCUUGAGACAGAACUCAGGAAUUGGCAAGUCUGUUUUGAGUCAUGGAUCACUUCUCAACGAUCCUAUGUGCAUGCUCUAACUGGCUGGCUAAUCCGGUGUGUCGGGUCUGAUCCUGACACUUCAAAACCACCUUUCUCUCCUCGCCAGUCCAGCGGAACCCUUCCAAUAUUUGGACUUUGCAUCCAAUGGUUGAAAAUCUUCAAUGAGAUCCGAGAAACACCAGUGCUUGAUGGACUUGACUUUUUUGCAGCUGGGAUGGGGUCUCUCUAUGCUCAGCAGCAAAGGGAGGAUUCUCGUCGUACACCAUUUGGAUCAAAGAGAUAUGGUUUGGAGGAAUUUGAAGGGAAUAUGAAAAUGGUGGAGGUUGGUCAGGUUGAAGAAGAAGGAAUGACUGCCGAGAAAAUGGCUGAAGUUGCAAUAAGGGUGCUUUGUGCUGGAAUGUCAGUUGCUAUGACCUCACUGACAGAAUUCUCAGUCACUUCUGCUGAGAGAUACGAAGAACUCGUUAAGCAAUGGGAGAAUACCAAGAGGCUACACAGUUCGAGUGGCACUGAAAUUUAACAUGGAAUUUUGUUGCGUAUUUCAAUAAUUGUGUAUCCAUGUAAUAUGACAAAUUUAACUUCUUCAAUUUGCCGUAA